AUGCAUCCCAGCGGUUUGCAGUCAAUCAGCACGGCGUGCAUACUUGCCGCAACAUCAAACGGACAGUCACGUCAGACGCUUGCGGGCGCUACGUGGCAGGAAUCUUCCAAGUGGCGCAUAGCACAACAAAGGAGACUGGCCGACAACCGGCUGGCAUCGUUUUCCAUUGACAUCAUCGGCAACAAUCCACUCAGCAUCCUGCGACUGAACAACAACACGCUGGAGAUGCUGGUGUACAACAACGACACACGCUGGGCCAACCUCACACAGCUGUACGAUGCACCUCGACAGUUGUCGUGCCUGGAGCACCACGCCAUUGCGAAGUUGGUGGCUGGUCACCUCAUCGCAGACACAACGGGGACAAUCACCAUCUGCACCCGAGUUGAUCCUGAUGCGCCAUCCACACUCAACGUGACAUCGGCAGCACCGACAAGUGCCACCGCUGCGUGGCCGCGGCCCCACGGUAACUUUGCUCCCAUCGACUACUACACGCUCGAUAUCCGCCUGCACAACACCACGGACGCGUGGCUCCCCAUCACAUGUGCCAAUACCUCGUUCCCUCCUGGUGACACGCGCACACCGCUCCCGCACAACCAUCGCUAUCUUGAUCACGAGCCCGCGAGUAUGGACGAGCUGGCAACACCGCUGCACGCCACAAUCACCGGCCUGCUUCCGUUCACCGCCUACGACGUGCGUGUGCGCGCUGUGCACGGUCGCGGGGUGAGCGGGUUUACAACAGCAGGUGUUGUGACUGCAGAGGAUGUGCCGAGCAGACCCGCCGCUCCGCUGGUGCUGGAGGUGCGGCAGCGCGCUGUGCGGGUGAACAUCAACGCCCCGACCCCCGCCAACGGCCGCAUCGUGGCGUAUGAUGUGCAAAUCGUGGAGACGCGCAUGGAAACCCCUGGCCGCCGGCCCCUCACUCGCAUCAUCACGCUCCCCACCAACGGCGACACCACCACCACCAACAACAACAACACCACCACCAACGCCACCAUCAACACCAACGCCAGGGAAUACACGAGCAGUGACCUUCGCCCGGCCACGCCGUACAACGUGAGCGUGCGCGGUGUGACGAGUGCCGUGGCCGGACCGUUCAGUGCACCUGCGCUGGUGACGACGCUGCCGGCUGCCCGGUGA